CGCUCUGAACCCAACUCGAUCGAUUGUGUGACAGCUAACACACUUGCUUCGUGAGUAUGAUCCGCGACGGCAAACUCCUCGCUCCGCCCAUUGCCUUGGAACCGCUUGCGCCCGCCAACCAGGGGUCUCAACUGGCCGAAGCCACGCCCCAAACCGACUUGCCUCAACGCAUGGAUGCCCCUCUCAUGAUGAACACUCCCGCUCGAACCCCGAGCAUGUCGCGGGACGACCGCGUGCGUCAGAACGUGUUCUCGGCGCGCGCCAUGGCUCGGCGAAAGCACGCUUUGUCCAAUAGCGUGGGGCUCACUAGUUCCAGCCUCAACUUGGACAAACCCAAGGAAACCGCCGUCGACGCCAAGCGCCUGAAGGACUUCACCAUGCUGGCCGCCUCGAGCAAACGCGCGGGGCGAACCGAACAAGAAGCGCUGGCAUAUUUCAGCAUGGGCAUUGUGCACGACAACUUGGACGAGUUUGGCUUGGCCAUCGACGUGUACAAAAAAGCGCUGGCGCUGCUCCACGACUCGGACAACGUGCCGUUUCGAGCGCUCGUCGUCUCCUGUAUUGGGGUGGAUUACCAGCUGAGUUCGUCCUCUGACGUGGCAUACACAGGGCGCUUUGUGGACGUCGAUAGCGCGGACCUGCAGGCGGCCCUCACGUACCACCAGAUGCACGCCGACCUCACGGUGGACGACGCCGGCCAAUUCGUCGCACAUACGAACCUUGGCCUCACCCUGGGCAGUCUUGGACGGUUUAGUGACGCGGCGAAACAUCAUCAAGAAGCACUCCGUUUGGCCAUUCGCCUCAACAGCGCGUACGGACAAAGCCUCGCGGUGGGGAACCUCGGGCUCCUUGCCAGCCGACAGGGCGACAUCUCGACGGCCACAGCGUGCAUGGACCAGCACCUACAGCUGAUUCAGAGCGUGCAGGACCGCAGUGCCGAAGUGAACGCGUGGAUGCAGCUGGGGUUCCUAGCCACCACGGACGGCCACCACGACAACGCCGUCCGGUACUUUGACCAGGCGUACCGUCUGGCCCAGGACCUGAACGAGAUUGGCAUGAUGAAGCAGGCCAGUUGCUACCUCGGCAUCGCCCGUGGCUGUCUCCACACCCACACGUUCUUUAGCAACGUGUUGCAGUCCAUCACGUAACCAUGGUGGCUACUUACUAGCAUCACUUCAAUGUUUAUACCAAGAUAUGGCCAACUAGUGAAUUCAAGCACUUCAGUUGUUGGGCAUUUAGCUAUUUUAAUAGAGCUAGCUUCAAAGCUAGUAAUGC